AAUUUUAUUUGUGUGGUGCUGUUUUUAGCAAAAAUCCGUAAAAAAUUGCAAAUUUAUUAAAGAAAUUUACAAAUUUUGAGAAUGGCAAGUCCAUUGGAAGGAGCUUUGGUAAUUCAAAGGAUGUGUCUGAUAUAAUGACCGAUAGUUUUAAGACGCAGCUUGUCAAUAUGGGUACUCGUGCUCAAGCCUUCAAGGCAAAGUUGCGUUGCCUUCAUGAUUAUCAUGUACGUCUAUUACAUAAUGUCUUACCAGCGCCCUCUGGCGUUGACAUCGCUAACAAUAUUAAAUAUUUCUCUCAAACUCUAUUAACUGUCCUUAAAGAUGUACGUACCUCACCACACGAACUUAUACGCGAUCCCUCUGAAGAUCCCACACGUAUGUCUGCCUAUCCCAAUCUUGAAUAUGGAAAUCUAUAUAAUGCUCUUACUAUGCUCAUUGAUGUGGCACCCUGUAUACAAUAUGGUCAAAUAGUUUUUGGCAAAGCUCUCUUACAAUGUUUAUGCUGUAUCUUGCCAUUUUUAGAUAAAGAUCUUAUUGAUAAUUUACCCUAUUUAGCCAGCUCUACUAUAUCUGUCUUACCCCCAGCUCUACAUCAAGAUAUUGUUAAUGCUCUAUGUUACUAUAUCUUGCCAUUCACUAUAACCCGAAGAAGUGCCGAUGAACAGGAAUCCCAGGCUUGUCAAUCGGUCUCAUCCGUUAUAAUGAUGGUCCUACAAUACUCAAAUAAUCCAGCUCAUCAUUGUCAACUAUUGGAAUGUCUAAUGACUCUUAAGCAUAAUGUAGUUAAGGAUAUUUUAUGUGUUAUUGCAUAUGGUACUGCUGUGUCCAGAUCAUCGGCGGCCAAAUUAUUAUUUUACUAUUGGCCCGCCUUUAAUCCAAAUCUAUUUGAUCGUAAGGUUUUACUCUCAAAAUUAACAAAUGAUUUAGUCCCCUUUGUGUGCCAACGAGAACAUUGUCCCAAUGCCGGUAAUGCUGAAGCAGCCAAAGUUUGUUUCGAUCACAGCAUUAGCAUUACCUAUGCCCCCGACUGUCCUCCGCCUCUCUAUUUGUGUAUCGAGUGUGCCAAUGAAAUUCAUCGUGAACAUGCCAAUCUCGAGUUUGGCGACAUACUACAUCCCAUGCAACAAGUUUCCAUGGUGUGUGAGAAUAAAAACUGUCGCUCUAGCGAGAAAUCGGCCUUUUCGAUUUGUUUUUCCACCGAAUGUGCCAGUUACAAUGGCAAUCAUCCCAUACGUUAUUGUUCACAAUGUCACAGUAAUCGUCACAAUUCUCGGCGGGGCGGUGAUCAUGUUGUUCAUCGCAGUUUGCCGCCCGCCUGGCAAAUGGAUCCCGAAAUGCAAAUGCACAUGGUGGAGUGUGUGGUGAGUUUGCUGAGGGAAGCCAAACCCAUUAACUUUGAGCCGGGCAAAGAUAGUUCGGAUUCAAAGAAGAAUGGUGCCGGUAGCGCCACUGGUGGUAAUGGCAUCAUGCCCGAUGCCAUUACCCUGGAGGAGCGUCAAAUGUUGGGUAGAUAUGGCAUAUGGUUGUUGGUGGGACGUUGUACUCCCACAGCAGAUACACCCGUUGAGAUAUUGGGUAGAAUUUUAAGCAUGCUGUUCCAUUGGUUCCAUGUCACCGCCUAUUCCUAUGAUGCUGGGCAAAUUGAAAGUACCAUUGAGAAAUUGAAAACGGAACAUGUAGUGGAUUGGCUAAAGGAAAUCUGCCGCAUUCACUAUAGAGUUUUCAUUUCCUGUUUAUUGCCCCAUCCUCCGGAAUAUGGUCGUGUUGGCGGUCAUUGGGAAACCUUAGCUUCACGCACCGCCCACCUCAAGGAGGGCCUACAACGUUUGAUCUGUUUGGUUCCCUAUGAAGUCAUUACCUCGGAAAUUUGGGACUAUGUUAUGCCCCAUUGGAUGGAAGCCAUUACCAAUGAUGUGUCCGAAAAGGAACUCAGCGAAUUGAAAGUAGUUUUAAGUCAAAUCUUAGAUCCGGUAAUGUCUCCCUUAGGCUUUGAUGCCAAAACCAUGUACAACUUUGUGGCCAUACGUUUUGAGAAGACAACCGCCAAAGUCCAGCAGCAGGCUUUACGCUGGCUGCAAAUUCUCUCCAAAUUGGGUAUUCUAAUACAUCUGGUGCAGUUGUUUGCCAUGUUUGGUGAUGGUGUGCGCAUCAUGAAGUAUGGUGUCCAGCACGAAUUGAUGCGUGAGAAGGAGGGUGGCCCAAAAGGCGGUGUUAAGGCAGUACCCAAAGAUACCAAGGAUAAUCCUCCGCGUAGAAGUUCGAUAUCUCCCGUUGUUGAGGAUGAUUCGGGCAAUACAUCUGCCAUUUCGGAUGAUGAGGCUCCCACCAAUCGUCAUACGGAAUUCUCCACAGAUGCUGAACACAAUUUGACUUGUUGCAUUCUAAUGUUGGACAUUUUGUUGAAACAAAUGGAAUUGCAGGAUAUAGAACAACACAUGGGCAUUCAUACGUUCGUGUGUGAAGAUGUUUCACGUCUGAUGAAAUGCAUGGUUACGGCCGCUCGUGUGGGUCUCAGUAGCCAUGUUUGCUCUUUGAAGGUGGCUGAAUGUGCCUAUUGUGAGGCCUCUAUUAUGUGGCAUCAAUUGUCCACCAAGAUUGUACAAUUCAUGGCUCCACUAAAUCCUUUAAGGCCACCAGAUGUUCCCAUUGAAGACAUUAUCGAAGAGGAAAAAUCCUCACGCAAAAGCCCGCCCGAAAGUGAUAAGGAAAAGAGCCGAGAACGUGAUGUAUCCCUAUCCAUGGCCCCCCUGCCCAUACCCUUGGGUCCCUUAGGAGGAUUUUCAGGUCCAGUGCCGGUGGCAGUACCCCAACCCGAACCACAUUCGGUGGGUGGCGUUUUAGUGCAUAUGCCGCAUGUCUGUUCGAAAAACGAUAAUGGCCAAUCGGUUGAUAGUAUUGAAUUGAGAAAAGUUCACGCUACAGACGAGAUAAUGACGGCUACCGUAGAAACGGUUUCAGAACAAUUAGAUUUAGCCUCGAUAUUGCCCGCAGAUCGAGCUAUAGCUAGAUCUAUAACCUUGUCUGAUGCGGAUGUGGGCAGUGCCAAUGUUAGUGUUACCAAAGCUUCUGUUUUGGGUGGCGAUAAUGGUUUGGGAAAUGGCAGCAAUGCUGGUGCCUGUGGCUUAGAAAAUGGCAGCCUUUCUGACGAAGACGAGGAGGAAGAAGAUGGAGAAGAUUUUUGGCAUACUUCUGUGGGCAAAUUUAAAUUUUCCUUAGAACAAUUGCCUCAAAGUUUGCAAUAUAUACAUCAACUAUUAACGGAAAUUCCCACAAUUAAAAAGCCGGAAAUUCUCUACUAUGUCCUACACUGUUUAAAUGUAAUGGCUUUGCAUGGAGAUGCUUUGGCCAAGGCCGCACGAGAACAUCGUGGCUUUUUUAUAUGGUGCCAAGAGAAUUUGCUUAUAAAAAAUCUCUGGGAACUUUGCAACGCCGAACAUUCGCACAUCUGUCAAGUUGGUGUGCCCUUGCUGCUGCACUGCAUAACCUUGCCUCUGGGCUCUGAUGUCUUUUGGCGCGUGGUGCAGGAGGCAUUCCACGACACCGAUUGGCGGGUACGAUUCACAGCAGUUGAACGAGUUACUGUAAUUACACGAUUUAUGGAUUCGACUCCUCUGCGCACCGAAGUUGGUCUGCAAACGGCUUUGGCUACAGCCUUUUGUCAUCUUAUAGCCAGCAUGGAUGACAUCAAUGUCUAUGUGGCCCAAAGGGCUACACUCUAUAUCGGAACCAUACAUGAUACGGCAAUUCGGUCGCUCCUCUUCUGCUUAGAAUCGCAAUUUGAUUUGUUUAUCGUUGAUCGACCGGUGGUCUUGCAAUCUGUUUAUCAAUUGCAUAAUUCCCUAUCGGAUCGUAAGAUUUUGACCUGGGAGUUCUUCUUAAAUCGUUUCGAUACUCUAUUUGUGGAAGCUCAAAUAACUUUGGAGAAGUGUGGCGAUAUUUCGUACUUGAGAGAUUUACGUAACUCGGAAAAUGGCAGUGAAGCUUUGUCAUCGAAGAUACUAAAGGCUCGAGAGGCCUUAAGUCAGUCUGAUACAGCCACCGGGGGUAUGGCCAAGACUUUAAGUGCUUCGUUUGGUACAAAAUGGCCAUAUAAAAGAACCAUGUCAGCACCGGCCAGCAUGAUACCCAGACAGGAUUCGAAAUUCGUACCCGAUAAAGAGAAAAUCUAUAGCCGCCAGGUUUCGGCACCCAUAUUGAAACGGAAAACAUCACGCUUUGGUUUGGGUCAGUUUUUAGGCUCUAGUAGUGGAGCCAGCCAAACUUGUACUAGUUAUAGUUAUCCAACAGCUAGCAAUACAUUAUCACACCGUGCGGCUUACAGUGCUCAUAUAACCACACACUCUGUAACGUCGUCACAUUCACAUUACUCAUCACAGCCUCCAAACCAACCUCAACCCCCGCCCAACACAACAUCCUCCUCUCAUCACACAAAUCCCUUACAAACUCCCUGUCCCAUACACUCCUUGUCCGCUCAUAAUCAUCCAGUGUCACAGCAACAUUUCUUCUUUUCCUCAACUUCCCAUCAGUCUAGUAGUAGUGCACCAGUAGCAACAACAUCAACUUUAGCCUCGACUCAUAGUCAAAGUCAUCAGUAUUUAGUGCAUUGUGUAGCGCCUAGUCAAACGCUAAUUCAUAGUCCAAUGCCGACGUUACAAGAAGCUGAACAUCACAAGCAACAAACAAAAUCCCAACCCUCCACACAAUCACAUCAUUAUCCUCAUGCAUCCACUCAUUCCUAUCACUCGCAUUUCCAAAAGCAUCCUUCGGCUCCCAAUCUCCUGCCACCCCCUCCGCCCGCACCGGCACCUAGUCCCAGUCCAUCAGCUUCAGCCAUACCAAUGAAUUGUACUUGUGAUGUCGGUUGCACACAAGCAUCAACCAGUGCUAGUGCGCCGGCACCUCAAGAUGGUCAUAUACAUUCUUUGAGUGGCAUGAAUGAUGACAGUCUUAUUGGUUUAUUGAGUCGUAUUACUGAAUUGGAAGAAUCAGAUCGUGAAACAAUACAUUUGCUGGUAUUUCUAUUGAUGCAAUUUAUGUCUAGACCUGAUCAAGCUUAUCCUUCGGAAGAUAAGCCAAUUUCCAAAACCCAGGGUAUUGUAUUGAAGCAUUUGUUUUUGCUAUUGGGUCACAAUCAAAUUGACAAAACAUUCCAUACAUCACCAGAGAAUUUGAGAGCCUCAGCUGUUUUUAAUGCCUUCAUGGCUAAUUUGCCCCAAGUUCUGGAUCAAAAUCAUUUAAUAGGUGGCCUUAUCUUAUCCUCGGUCAUGCAAGUUGUCCUGUACGCUCCAAAUCCCAACAACAAUGCCGCGGAUUCGUAUCAGAAUCAAGUCUUUAACUAUUCCUUGUGGUAUAUGGAACUAUAUCCGCGUCGCAAUUGGAUGUUUACCAUGUUGGUAGUGCUCUAUAAGUACUCGUAUACCCAACCACCGCAAAGUGCUUACGUUAACUCAGCUAUACGCAUUAUAAUGAAUAGUUUACGUAACCACUUUCAUCAAUGUCGUCGUAUACCGACUACAACCAUCUUGGAUAUACAAGGUACUUCUAGGUCACGUGACGUAAGCCAACCCUCCUUGGGUACCGAUCCCGAAGAUAAAGAACAAAGUCCCCCCGCUAGUCCCAUGUUUCCUUCGGAAGGUACCAGUGGUGCCUCCAAGGGUAAAGGACAAAAUGUGGCUUUUACACCUAAACUGCAGCAUGCAUUUAGGAAAUACAAUGACUCUAGUUUGGAUGCCGAUGAAACGGAAUCCGAACUAGUAGCCAUACCGGAAAGUGAUUUAUCCGAUAGCACAUUACAUGGCAGCAGUGCUCCUGGUUCGUUUGACGAUACCAUACAUUUCGAGGAGAUAAACUCAACAAAAUUGGAGGCUUUACGGAGUCGCCGUACCACAGAGGAGACUAUUAAGAAUCAGAAAACCAUGAUCACUACAAAAACUGGAGAUACCUAUACCACCAAAAUAAAAUCUACCGUGUCAGAGACUGUCUCCACAACAGUGGUGGCUACACAUUCAAGACAUUCACUGCAGGAAGGAGUGCGCAUGAUUGUUACUCCCCUGGUGGGUACAGAACCCUCAGAGACCGCUAUUAUAAGUCCGCCCGUUGAUGUACAUCGUGCUAUAACCGUACGCAACAAGUCCCAGGAUUCAGCGGCCACAUCCACCUCUAAAAUGUUUGCUGCCAUAGCCACCAAUCAUUUGAAGGCUUUGGGAGCUUUGCAAGAUAUAAAUCCAAGAGUUACCGAGUCUAAAUCACAAUGCUCCACUAACGGCUCACGUUCUGCUAAUGGUAGUGCAGACGUUUCAGACAAACGACCAGCUGCUAAACAGACCACAGUGGAACAGUCGAAAAAACCCUUGGGCAGACAUAAGACCAUUAUAGAAUGUAGUGCUGGCACUUCGUCUUCAUCGAAUGGCAACGAAGAUUCCAGAUUAAGUGCCACUCACAAAAAGCUCACCUCUAAAACCUUGAAAAGAUCGGAUAAAGCUUAUGGCUCGCCCGAUUCACCACUCUCCAAAAUGAGUGUUAUGCCCAAUCCCGUAGAUGAAAUUGAUGCCUCAACUUUACCGCCACCCAAAAACAUUGGAACUCUAGAAAUACCCACACCUGAACGUUUGCUGCCCAUAGGCACCCAAGAAAGUGUGGCCGCCAUAGCAGAUCGCCUGCGGGAAGGUCUUAAUAUACCCGAUAUCAGCCAUUUGAAACAAGACAGUCUUGAUGUUUCCGAAAGCACUAAAGACGAUGUUACACCCUCAAGUCGUACCAAUUCUCCUAGACGCUUAAUUAAACAAGUAGCCCUGGAAGAGCCCCAUACAACACAUCAUAUUACAACACAGUCAGCUAUAAACAGAGAUGAAUCUCAGCAAGAUUUACAUACAUCGAUAUUGAAAACGGUCCAGCAACAGGAAAUCAAAUCGAAUGGAACAUUUGGUACUACUAGCGCUAAUGCAGCUGGUACACAAAUGCCCGCUAAUACGGCUACCCGUACGGAUAGUGGCAAGAAGCCGCGACAGAAGAUGGCUCCAUUUGCUGUAGAUGUCAAUGCCAUACCCGAUAUACGGUCACGUUAUGCUGGCUCCUGGCCACCGCCACCCUAUCAACCACCCGAAGAACAAGAUGAUGAUUUAGACGAGGCACAAGACUAUGGUUUGGGGCCUCAAGAUCAGGCUAUACCACAGCCAGAUAGAGUGAGCACCCGCCGUGUAGGAGAUUAUACCGUAUGUGAACGCUGUUCGGAAUGUGGUGCUUUAAUUGAGGAAUAUACGGAUGAAGAGAUUGGUUUGCUAAUCGUUAUACUGGGCACUUUCAUACAUCGAGAACCGUCUAUGGCCGCACCCUUUUUACCGGAAAUAUUAACCAUUACAUCCAAAAUAUCAUCGACCUGCACCUAUGCUUGGCAGGGAGAAAAUGGUCCGCCCUUAUUAUGCAGUGCCCAAGCUGUAGCAUUACAAUUUCUACGCUGUGUUUUACACCAACUAGCACCCAACGGCAUAUUUUUACAAAUUCUACAAACUGAAGUUAUAAUGAAAGUUAGACGCAACACCUUCCGCAGUAUUGCCAAGGCAUUACAAGACUUUCAAGAGUUGAAUGCCUCCAGUCCCAUAUACAUGGUGUGUGAGGCUUUACAAGCCAAAAAAUCUUUACCGGUCGAAAAUUUACCCAUUAUAUUCCGCAACAUGGCCGAGUAUUUACAGUGUGUAGUGCCCGAUACUACGGUGCAGUCUGCUUGGCCUCAGGCUAUGGCCAGUUUGGAGAAUUUACUGAGACAGGUCAUUGUUAUAUUGCCCACAUUGACAAAUCAUGAAUAUCUUUUGGAUCUUAUUGUGGCCACUUUACGUUUGAAUUGUGUACCCAAGACCCUAUUAGAUCCCUACUCAAAAAUACUGGCCUAUUGUGUGCAGCACACCAAUUUGGAAUAUUCGAUUUUAUACGAUAUCUGCAUCUAUUCGCGUUCGUUCUCACGCGAUCGUGAUAAGCAAUAUUUGUGCCGUCAGCUGAUAUUUGAAUUUGUGCAGGCCUUGAAGUUUAAAAUAAAUAUUCCCGAUCAUAAUCUGCUAAUGAUUAUUGGGUUUGUAUUGUUGGAUGAUGGCGGUACAUUGCCACCGGGUACAUUGCAAGAUAUACCAGAGGUGGCGCCCUCUAUAUCUACCAAUUCGGCCGAUUGUAUGCGGCAGUAUAUUAAUGAUGUGAUAGACUUUUUGGCAGAUUUUCAUACAUUGAGUAAAAUUAAGAAUUUCAAAAAUUCCCAAACACAAAAUGGUUUGGGAGAAGAUACUUUGGGUGGUGUUUUAAAGGGUGCUGUAUCGCAGUACUUGGCUUUGGAAAUGUCGCGCGGAAACUCCCGAGACAAUAAGGCUGUAGCUAGAUAUUUGCCCUGGCUCUACAAUGCUCCCUCAUCACUGCAGCAAGGACCCAAAGAAUUUACCGAAUGUGUGGGACACAUGAGAUUGCUCUCAUGGCUGUUAUUAGGUUCUCUCACCCAUAUGGCUCUAAUGCAAAGACGUUCUACCAUACACACAGCUACGAAUGCAAAUGCCACCUCUAACCAACCUACUAAUGCCAACAAUCCCGGUGCUGGCCAUCAUGCAACAGCUAGUCAUGCGAAUUUCUCCCAACCUGUUCCCCAAGAAGCCUCCUGUCAUAUUGCCGAUCAUAUACAAGUGAUUUUUGCCGGUUUUGCGGAACAAUCUAAGACCUCUGUCUUGCAUAUGUCCUCAUUAUUCCAUGCUUUCACUUUAUGCCAAUUAUGGACAGUAUAUUUGGAACAAAUCGCUCAUACUUCGAAUAAUCCCGAGGGUAAUACCAUGGGCGUUCUUUUCGAGUUUUGGGCUAAAGUAACACCCUGUAUAUUACAAUUGGUUUCACAUUCGAAACCUACCAAGGAAGCUAAUGACUUUUCGCAGAAUUCCAAUGCCAAGCUUUCCGAAAUGGUAAAUCUACAUUUCCUUAGUUUAUUGGAGGCAUUAAAGGAAACAAAUUCUACAGUUUUAAGCAAACUAUUGCCUUUGUGGAGUCCAGUUUUAUCAUCGCAGACACAGCUUUCCGAUACUUUGCAUGUGCGUUUACAAAACGUUCGUGAUUAUGCUCCAGAUUAUGAGGAACAGCAGACACAUCAUGCCGAAAACUUACUCAAAUGGUUACAACGUUUACAAUUCAAAAUGGGUCAAAUUGAAUUGCAGGCCUCAACCGCUACACAAUUCUAUUCAAUUUAAUAUAGUUAUUAAAAAAAAAACAUAUUUAAACUAUUUAUACAUUUUAUUAAGACAGCCAAAUUACAAAAAAAAAAAAAAAAAACAAACAAAAUCAAGGAGCUCAGCUCUUUAAGAGUCGUAGAAUGUUUAUAAAUGAUAAUGGCCAAUAUUUUUUAGAGAAACCCAAAAUCGAGUUUGUAGUUAAAUGUUUCAAUCAGUGUUAAAUAAAUGUUGUUGAUUUCAAUAAAGAAAAAAUCUAACUACAAAUAUAUUGAAAAGAAAAA